UCUGAAUUGAGCCACUCAGCCACCUAUCAACUUGCCGAAAGCGUGAUUUUGCUGAAAACGGAGGGUCAUUACAACCGGAGCAUCAAUGUCCUAAAUUCUUCCUUCGGGUAUUUCAGUGCACAGAUCGUUUAGAACCCUUGCUAGGGUUUAUCUCCUCCUUAUUACACACAUCUAUCUCUUUUUUUACAGAGCCUGGGCUAGGGUCUCUUUGGAAGAUACCAGUCGAUCAGUCGAUCAAUUAUUUUUCAUUUCUCCUUCUUUUUUUUUUUUUGGGAAUUUUCUGUUUUAUCUGAACUCGUUGAGAGUGAUUUUGAGAGAAACGAGGACUCGAUCAUAUGAGAUCCUCGGCGAGUACUCGGGCGUUCCUGAUUUGCUUGAUUCUAUGCUCGUCUUUGAAUUUCAUCAAUGGCGAGGAGCCCAAGAAAAAUAAAUUUCGGGACCGAGAGGCCAGCGACGAUGCCCUUGGUUACCCCGAUAUAGAUGAGGAUGCUUUGUUGAAUACACAGUGCCCUAGGAAUUUGGAGCUCAGAUGGCAAACCGAAGUUAGUUCUAGUAUAUAUGCUACCCCUUUGAUCGCCGAUAUCAACAGUGAUGGAAAGCUUGAUAUAGUGGUUCCUUCUUUUGUUCAUUAUCUUGAGGUUCUAGAAGGUUCUGAUGGAGACAAAAUGCCUGGUUGGCCUGCUUUCCAUCAGUCGACUGUGCAUGCCAGUCCUCUAUUGUAUGAUAUUGACAAGGAUGGCGUGAGAGAAAUAGCUUUGGCAACAUAUAAUGGUGAAGUCCUUUUUUUCAGAGUGUCAGGAUAUAUGAUGGCAGACAAAAUAGAGAUACCUCGUAGAAGAGUUAAUAAAAAUUGGUAUGUGGGUUUGGAUUCAGACCCAGUGGACCGAUCCCAUCCAGAUGUUCAUGAUGAGCUGCUUGUCGUGGAGGCUGCUGAGAAGAUGUCUCAAAAAAAUGGAAGUACACCUGAGUUGAACACUUCAGUAACUACGUCAGCAGAGAGUAAACUUGGCAUGGCAAACACAUCCAAUUCAGAGAAUGAAAGUAAAUCUAAUGGAAGUCAGAUAAGUAUACCUGAAUUGAACACUUCAGUUACAAAGUCAGCAGAAAGUCAUGUUAAUAUGGCGAAUGUGUCCAAUCAAGAGAAUGAACAGAAAAUGAAUGAAAGUCGAAUACAAUCCAACAUCAAACUGCCUACGAGUGAGGAUAAUUCUUCUGUAAAUACUGGGUCCGGAGGGACCAUCAAUGCACAGAAUGGGACAAACACUGGGAGACGGCUUCUGGAAGAUAACAACUCAAAAGAAUCACAGGAUGGUGGUUCUAAAUCCAAAGAGAAUAGUAAUGAGGAACUUCAUGUUGCAACUGUUGAAAAUGAUAAAGGUUUGGAAGCAGAUGCUGAUUCAUCCUUUGAAUUAUUCCGUGAGAGUGAUGAGUUAGCUGAUGAGUACAGUUACGAUUAUGACGAUUAUGUUGAUGAGUCUUUGUGGGGGGAUGAGGGAUGGACUGAACGGAAACACGAGAAAGUGGAGGAUUAUGUGAAUAUUGAUGCACACAUCUUGUGCACUCCGGUCAUAGCAGACAUUGAUAAAGAUGGGGUAUCAGAGAUGGUUGUUGCUGUUUCUUAUUUCUUUGAUCAUGAGUAUUAUGCUGACUCAGAGCAUUUAAAGGAUUUGGGUGGUAUUGAUAUCGAAAAAUAUGUAGCUGGUGCUAUUGUUGUUAUCAAUCUUGAUUCAAAGCAAAUUAAGUGGACUGCUGACCUAGAUCUAAGUACAGACUCUGGAAAAUUUCGCGCCUAUAUAUACUCUUCUCCAACUGUUGUUGAUUUGGAUGGUGAUGGGUAUUUGGACAUUCUUAUUGGGACCUCCUUUGGCUUGUUCUAUGUCUUGGAUCAUCAUGGCAAAGUGAGAGAGAAGUUUCCUCUUGAAAUGGCUGAGAUUCAAGGAGCUGUUAUUGCUGCUGAUGUCAAUGAUGAUGGCAAAAUUGAACUCGUGACUACUGAUGUACAUGGAAAUGUUGCUGCUUGGAAUACCAAAGGAGAGGAAAUUUGGGAAGCGCACAUUAAGAGUCUUGUUCCACAGGGGCCUACUAUUGGUGAUGUUGAUGGGGAUGGCCAUACUGAUGUCGUGGUUCCAACGAUCUCAGGGAACAUUUAUGUUCUCAGUGGCAAGGAUGGGUCACUUGUUCGUCCUUAUCCAUAUAGAACACAUGGCAGAGUGAUGAAUCAAGUUCUUCUUGUUGAUUUAAAUAAACGUGGCGAGAAAAAGAAGGGGCUCACUCUUGUUACAACAUCAUUUGAUGGUUAUUUAUACCUUAUAGAUGGACCCACUUCAUGUGCCGAUGUUGUUGACAUCGGUGAAACCUCAUAUAGCAUGGUCUUGGCAGAAAAUGUUGACGGUGGAGAUGAUCUUGAUCUUAUUGUGACAACCAUGAAUGGCAAUGUCUUUUGCUUCUCCACUCCUGUUCCACACCAUCCUCUCAAGGCAUGGAAGUCACCUUAUCAAGGAAGAAACAAUGUGGCUAUUCGGUAUAACCGCGAAGGCAUUUUUGUUCCACAUCCAUCAAGAGCUUUCCGUGAUGAGGAAGGCAAGAAUUUCUUUGUGGAAUUUGAGAUUGUAGAUAGAUACAGGGUCCCAUCUGGUUCUCAAGCACCUUACAAUGUCACGGCGACUUUGUUAGUUCCCGGCAAUUAUCAAGGUGAGAGAAGGAUAAAGCAAACUCAAAUAUUUGAUCGUCCCGGGAAAUAUCGGAUGAAGCUACCAACAGUUGGGGUAAGGACCACGGGGACUGUUUUGGUGGAGAUGGUUGACAAAAACGGACUCUAUUUCUCAGAUGAUUUCUCUCUCACAUUCCAUAUGUAUUACUAUAAACUGUUGAAGUGGCUGAUUGUCCUCCCGAUGCUUGGGAUGUUUGGUGUGCUUGUCAUCCUUCGUCCACAAGAGGCCGUGCCUUUGCCGUCGUUUUCACGGAACACCGACCUGUGAUGAUUACCCUAUAUAAAACGCUAUCGCUGCAUAAAGAUAACUUUUAUAGUUGUAUUUACCUGAACCAAGGCCAGAAACAUAGGUGACAAGGAAUUGUUCGAACGAGCAAGAGUUUUUUGAUAGCGAAGUUCAAAUGGGUCUCUUCAUCAGGCUGCAAGUGCAGUUGGCCUGAAUUUAAUUUGAGUUCUGAAUGGUAGAUCGUCGGAACUUGUAACAUAGAUUUGAGUCAUGGGCAAUUGAAUUUUAAUCCCAAAUCAUUUCUUGGCUCGCA